UGAUGCGCAUGCGCUGUGGUGUUGCGGCGCUGCGCUGAGGUGGACUUCUUCCUUUGAGACACUGAAGAAAUCACGAAGCAGUAGUUUACCUUCACGUUAGGAACUACCGAGGACACCAAAAAGAAAACAAACAAAAAAAAACAAUUCAACGAUGAUCCGGAUAGCUGCUUUUUUACUCGCUCUGCUUGUGGCCGUAUGCUCAGGAGAGAGCUGCACGGACCCUGUCAUUACUCCAUCGGCCUACACCACGUCAGACGCAGUCAUCUCCUCAGAAUCUGUCUUCAUCGUUGAGCUGAGCCUGACCUGUGCAAAUGGGGCGCAGAGUGUGACCCUAUAUGCAGAUGUGAAUGGCAGACAGUUCCCUGUGACCAGAGGCCAGGACGUUGGCAAGUACCAGGUUUCAUGGAGCAUGCCUCACAAACAGGCUGCCUCUGGGACAUAUCAGGUCAAAUUCUUUGAUGAGGAGUCCUACAGUGCUCUGCGCAAGGCCCAGAGAAAUAAUGAAGAUGUAAAUGCCAUCCAGCCCCUUUUCUCCGUCAACAUUGACCAUCGGGGUGCCUGGAGCGGCCCAUGGGUAUCAACUGAGGUAGUGGCUGCACUCAUUGGCAUCUUGGUCUAUUACUUGGCUUUCAGUGCUAAGAGCACAAUCCAGGCAUAAACUGAACACUAUUGUUUUAACCACUGGAUCAUGAUGAGAUCAUUAUCAAAGACUGGCUUCUUAACGGACUUUAUCACCAUCUUUUAAGUACCGUGGCAUGUUUUUACUGCCACAGUGUCUACUUAAAGAAGUUCUGCUGCAGUCUUUGUACUUUUUAUUCAGACUGUGUCUG